AUGCAUUUGUCCAAGGAGAAUGACCCCAGUAAGGAGCUCUAUCCCCAGGCAGACACGGUGGGAUUCCUGCAAGGAGAGAAAGUGUUGAUAGUGGGGAACAAUGGGACAUAUGAUAAAGCAGAACCAGUUUACCGUGACAGAGUCAGACUGGACAGACACACUGGCUCAUUAGAGUUACUGAGUGUGACUGUGAGUGACAGUGGAGAGUACACAGUGAGCAUAAAUAAAACUCCUAAUGAUCCAGCACUGACAGACAAAACUACACUAGACGUGAUUGAGAGAAUAUCUGGAGUUUCUCUCACUGGUCCAGCACAACCCCUAAUAGAAGAUCAAAGUUCUGCUGAUUUAACCUGUGAGGGAACUGGCUCCAUCAUCACCACAGAAUGGAUGAAGGAUGGUCAACCUCUGUCUCCUAGCAACAGCAUCAUCUUCUCUGCUGAUCUGAGAUCAGUGUCCAUCAGUCCAGUGAGGAGAUCAGACAGUGGAGAAUACCAGUGUAGACUCAGUAACCCUGUCAGCUCUGACACUGCAACCUACACAAUGACCGUCAACUAUGGUCCAGAGAACGUUUCCAUCAGUGGACCGAAUGAGGUGGAGGUGGGGUCAAAGGUGACUCUGACGUGCUCUGCUGAAUCCACACCACCUGCCUCCUUCAACUGGAUGUUGAAUGGAAGAAAAACAGGAGAAACUACAGCCUCAUAUUCCAUAGAGAAGACUGACUCUACACACAGUGGGAAUUACACCUGCACAGCCUGGAACAAUGUCACCUCACUCAACACAACAGUUCACCAUCAUUUAACAGAGUUCAGUACUAAAGCGAUAAACCUCCUGUUUGUCUACAGUGAGAGAGUCUCUCCGUGGAGAAGACAUUUCCAGGAGGCCAAUAGGAAGCAGGUGGAGCUGGGAAUCUUGGGAGGAGACACCUCAGUGUUCCCAGAGGUCAAACUAAACUCUGCAGCCAAUCAGAGAGCUCUACAGCUCAUCUUAGGUCAGUGA